AUGCAAAGCGAUCUGAAGCCGGGAUAUUAUGCGGUCGAAUUGAAUAGAACGGUUUGGGUAAUCCCGAAUCAAUAUCAAAAUCUGACACCAAUCGGGACGGGAGCCUAUGGAACUGUUUGUGCCGCAGAAUGUCUGAAAACAAAUCAACGUGUGGCCAUUAAGAAAUUCUCACGACCUUUCCAAUCUCCAAUUCACGCGAAAAGAACUCACAGAGAGAUUCGCCUUCUCCGUUGUAUGAACCAUGAGAAUGUGAUCGAUCUCCUUGAUGUCUUCACUCCUGAUCGAACAAUGGAAAGUCUCAAUGAUGUAUAUUUUGUGUCAAUCUUGAUGGGAGCUGACUUGUCAAAUAUUCUGAAGAUCCAGCGUCUCAACGAUGAACAUAUUCGAUUCUUGAUCUAUCAGAUUUUGAGAGGACUCAAGUACAUUCACUCAGCUGGUGUCAUUCAUCGUGAUCUCAAACCAAGCAAUAUUGCUGUCAAUGAGGAUUGUGAGCUGAAAAUAUUGGAUUUUGGUUUGGCUAGGCAAACUGAUUCUGAAAUGACUGGUUAUGUGGCUACAAGAUGGUAUCGUGCUCCAGAGAUCAUGCUCAAUUGGAUGCACUACUCACAAACUGUUGAUAUUUGGUCUGUUGGAUGUAUUCUUGCAGAGUUGCAAAGUGGGAAGACGUUGUUCCCGGGAGCUGAUCACAUUGAUCAAUUAACGAGAAUCAUGGGUGUCGUUGGAACGCCAAAUGAAGAAUUUCUGGGAAAGAUUCAAUCGGAUGAAGCUAGGAGUUACAUUAGAAAUCUCCCUCGAAUGCCUCGAAAAGAUUUCAAUGUCCUUUUCCCAGCAGCCACUGCAGAUGCAAUUGAUUUGCUUGAAGCAAUGCUCAAUCUUGAUCCGGAUAAGAGACCAACUGCAUCUCAGGCAAUGGAGCAUCCAUACCUUUCUCAAUAUCACGAUCCGAGUGAUGAGCCAACAAGUGCGGUACUCCAUCUUGACGAUGAAGCCGAGUAUUCCAUCGAUCAAUGGAGGCAACUUAUUUGGAAAGAAAUCGAGGAAUAUGAACACAAUCAACAAAAUGAUCCCGAUUCAAUGCAACAU